UCUCCUAUAUGAUCGCUCUUUAAAAAACGUUAUACUACUUUAUUGCUUAUUAAAAUAUAGAAUAAAUCUAUAUCACCGAUAAAAUAAAGAGUAACACCUAAUUACCUAUUUGUUCUUAACUUAUGUUGGUAAAACAAUUAUAAAAGUCAUUAAUAACUCGAUCGUUCCAAUCAGACGGUCAAUUUGCCGGAUAAUACAAUUUUUAUAUCCAAUUAUUCUGCGGUGCACACCAGCCAAACUAUCUAUAGUAUAGGCCCUAUACUAUAGGGGUUAAGUUGAGAGAAUUUUAGUAUAAAAUGCGGUUGUACCAAACGGUAUGCAUCAGUGUGGACUGAACUUUUACUAAGCGCUGUUUGAAAAGAUAUUCUAAUAAGUCAAGAUGCGCGGCACUAUCUUCUUAUGCAUUCUCGUCAUCGUCAGUGUCAUUCAGAUGAGUUCAGCGAACUACAAGAAACUGCCAUUCAACGGUUCCAUUUUUGGAAAGAGAAGCAAUGUUGAAUACGAUUCUACUGGCCAAGUAUUAUCAGCUCUCUGCGAAAUAGCUUCUGAAACAUGUCAGGCGUGGUAUCAGGCCUUGGAAAAUAAGUAAUACGUGUAUGGAAAUGAAUAUUGGCAUAAAGACAAAUUAUUGGCUGUAAACAUCAGAACCUCUAUAUGGCUCGAAGGACCAUUAAGCAUUACAUAAUAUCUCAUUAUAAUAAACCAUGUAAAGAAUAUUUGUUAUUAAUUUUUGAUACAAUUACUGUAGUAAGUAAUUCAAAACUUUAAAAACUGCUCUAAGACAAUAUCUUGCUGUAAUCGUAAAUAAAUUGUAAGAAUUUCACCAAUAUAAAAUUAUUUUACCAAUGGA